ACAUGUAGUCCCGCACAGUUCUUCUUUCACAGUCAUCAGUACCAUUGCCAAGAGAAGGAGCACUUUGGCCCUGCUUUUCCGAAAAGCACUACUAGUACUGGUAUUUCUCUGUACGACCAAUCGGCAUUUCGCAACAGAAGGAGGGCUGUCGAGAGAGGGAACCCAAGUUCCUAUGUGGCAUAAUAUCUUUGGAUCUCACAGGCUGUUUGCAACGAAGACAUCAUGAACGCUUCAAACUUGUGUCUCUUAUCGGUAGCUGUGAUUUGUAUGGUGCUAGCUUGGAGUGAACCUUCCAAUGCCUGUGGUCCGUGUACAUGUAGCAACGGAGUUGUCAUGUCGUGCCCAAACAUUGCCAAAAUUUCUUUGCGCUCUUACGGUUUGACGGAUCUCAGUGGCUCAGCAUUUCAGAAUAACAAGAUCGUUACGGAUAUAGAUUUGUACCAAAAUCAACUUGUUCACCUACCUGCUGGGCUGUUCAACGCCACAACCAAAUUACAAACCCUAAAUUUGAGGUAUAAUCAACUGGUUGACCUACCUGACGGGCUGUUCAAAGCCACAACCGAAUUACAAACCCUAGAUUUGGACGAUAAUCCAUUUGUUCACCUACCAGUCGGGCUGUUUAAUGCAACAACCAAAUUAGAAAACCUAUAUUUGAGCCGUAUUCAAUUGGGUUACCUACCUGUCGGGCUGUUCGACGCCACAACCAAAAUAAAGGUCAUAUAUUUCUGGGAUAAUAAACUUGAUCACCUACAUGCCGGGCUGUUCAACGCGACAACCGAAUUAGAAUCCCUAUAUUUCAAGAAUAAUCAACUUGUUGACCUACCUGACGGGCUGUUCAAAGCCACAACCGAAUUACAAACCCUAGAUUUGAAAGACAAUCAACUUUUUCACCUACCUGCCGGGCUAUUCAGCGCCACAACCAAAUUACAAAAGCUAGAUUUGAAAGGUAAUCAACUUGUUCACCUACCUGCCGGGCUGUUCAGCGCCACAACCAAAUUACAAAAGCUAGAUUUGUUGGAUAAUCAACUUGUUCACCUACCUGCCGGGCUGUUCAACACCACAACCAAAUUACGAAACGUGAGUUUGUGGAAUAAUAAACUUGUUGACCUACCAGCCGGGCUGUUCAAUGUGGAAUUAGAAUACCUAGAUUUGUUGGAUAAUCAACUUGUUCACCUACCUGCCGGGCUGUUCAAAGCCACAACCAAAUUACAAAACCUGUAA